AUGAUUGCAACAUUCCAGCGUGUCCAAAAAUGUGUUAUGUCUGAAAAACAUAAAAGACAUCAUAUUACUAGCGUACAGGAUUUAGUAAACUCAAAUAAUGAAGGUAUUGAAAAGGAAAAGAAAAGAUUGCAAGAAACGGUUUAUUCAAAGUUGGAGGAAAGAGUUUCUGAUAUAGAAACCCAGUUAGAAGAAAUAGACGGAAAAUAUGAAAAACUUACAUCGGAAGUCUCACAGCAUGGAGAAGAAUGGCGAAGAAAAGUUGAAAUUGCUAUACAGAAAAACAAAGACAAAAUUAACAAGAUGAGAAUCCAGCAUAGGGACACACUGAAUAAAAAUCUAGAUGAUACAAAGAAACUUAUUGCUGAUAUCAAACUGUAUAUAUCAGAAAUUGAGGAUAUUUUAAAAUCCAAGGAAGUUUCCAAAUCACUUUCAUAUGAGACAGAAGCAGAAAAAUUCACCCAUCUUCCAUCCAAUUCAAAAGUUGAGGUUCCGGUGUUUACUGAAAAUGUUAAUCCAGAUCAAUGUUCUCAUUUAUUUGGUUCUUUGUCGUCAUUAUCCAUAACAACAGAAGAGAAUGGCCAAACCACGAAGACAGAAGCUGUAUCCUCUCCUCGAAUGACACAACUGCUUGAAGAACCACAGCUCAUCACCAGCAUAAAUACUGGAAAUGAAUACUUACUACACAGUGUUACCUGUCUCAAUGAUGAUGAAAUCUGGACAGGUGGGUCCGACAAUAUCAUGAAACUGUACAACCUCCAGGGCAAACUACUAAAAUCAAUUAGAACCAAGUCAGGAAAGUCAGCACGUGACAUAGAAGUGACACGGAGAGGGGAUCUUGUUUAUUCUGACCCUGACACAAAAACAGUAAACAUAGUGAAGAAUGAACAGAUACAGGACGUUAUUAGAAAGCAGGGGUGGAAACCUUACAAUGUCUGCAUUACCUCCUCUGAAGACAUCUUGGUAUCUAUGGUCAGCGAAAAUGGCGAACAAGCUAAGGGGACCUUUGGUCCAGUUGGUAUCACAACAGACAGCCAGAGUCAGAUCCUGACAGCAGACUGUGACAACAACUGUAUUCACAUCCUGGAUCAGGAAGGACAGUUCCUUAGUUUCAUUGAUAAUGGUCUUCUAAAACCUCCAUGGGAUUUAUGUGUAAACACCAGAGGCAAUGUCUUUGUUGUUGAGUGUUGCAAUGGUAAUGUGAAGAAAAUCAGAUAUAUGUAA